AUGGUCGCCCCCGUCUUCCACGCCCGAUCACUUACCGAACUCGUCGCGCUGCGAGCAGGUACGUCGUUCCCUGCCCUCGUCCAACUGACGAAUGCAGAGACACAAGCCGACGAGCCCUUUGUGCACACCGGCGCGCCAGAGUUCGGCGAUACGCUUCUUACACUGACAUACUCAGACGUACAGCGUGCCGUGGACCGGCUAGCGGCGCACUAUGCGUCGCUCGCCAUGCAGCCCGAGGUGGAAGAGGGGGAGGAGCCGCCGGAACGCGUCAUUGCUGUGCUGGUCAGCACGGCGGUGGACGAGAGUCUGCUCGAGAUUGCGCUGGCCAAGUUGGGACUGACGAGCCUGCUCCUCAGCGUGAACAACAGCGCCGAGGCGGUCGCGCAUCUCUGCGCCGAGACGGGGGCGACGCACCUGAUUCACGGACCGAAGUAUGCGUCCGUCGCGGCCGAGGCGGCGCGGAUCCUCAACGGUGACCGUGAGGACCCCGGCACAGGGUCGCUCGCUCCAACGACAUUAGCACAGCCCAUUCAGAACGGCUCGAAGGCCAGGACAACCGCGCCGAGGCUACAGCUCGUCGAGGACAGACGGUUCCCGCUCUGGGGGCCUGGGGGCGUGCGCUCCGCCAAGAUCUGCGCGUUCCCACCCCGCCUGAGCCCCGAGCAGGAGAGCAGACGCACCUGUGUGAUUCUGCACAGCAGCGGCUCGACGGGGUUCCCGAAACCCGUUUUCGUCACGCACUACGGCAUGGUCGCCAACGCCGCCGUCAGCGUGCCCAAGACGGGUUUCAGCGCGCUGCCGCUGUAUCAUGGCUUUGGACAUUUCUCUAUCCGAGGAGGCGCCGCAUUGCUGACACCCAGUUUCCGCUGCCUGUACCACGGCAAGGCAUUCACGCUCCUCCCGCCUCACUGGCCGAUCACGGCCGCGAACAUUGUGCGCUGCAUUGCUUCCUCGCCCACUCCGCCAGUACAGCACUUUGCCGUGCCCUACGUCCUGAAGCUGCUCGCCGAAAGCCCGGCGGGUGUCCAGUCGCUCGCGUCCAUGGAGGCCGUAUCCUUUGCGGGCGCCGCGGUGCCGGACGAGCUAGGCGACCGGCUCGUGUCAGCCGGCGUCCCGCUCUACUCUCAAUACGGCACGACCGAGACAGGCGCCCUGCUCACGAGCCGGCGGGACUAUACCGCCGACAAGGCGUGGAACUGGCUCCGCGUCGAGGGCCUCAUUGCGUCCUACCUCGACCUCGUGCCGCGGGGGAGCGGGACGUACGAGGCCGUCGUCCGCGACGGCUGGCCAGGCAAGGUCAUGAGUAACCGCGAGGAUGGGGCUUACUGCACGAAAGACCUCUUCGUGAAGCACCCCGAGCACGACGACUGGGUCAAAUACGUCGGCCGCCUCGACGACACGCUCACCCUCACGCUCGGCGAGAAGACGAACCCGGUUCCGAUCGAGCUCGACAUUGAAUGCAUCGUGUUCGGCGACGGGCGGCCGCAGGUCGGCGCCCUGCUGCUGCCGUCCGAGACGGGGGCCGAGCUCUCGCGCAACCGCGCAGCGUACGUCGAAGCCGUGUGGCCCGUGAUUGCGGCUGCGAACGCGCGUGCGCCAAGCCACUCCCGCCUGCUUCCCGAGAUGGUCGAGAUCCUAGCCCCGGGCACCGAAGUCCCCGUCGCGACCAAGAUGAGCAUCCUCCGGCCCGCGUGUUAUCGCAAGUUUGCCCCGAUCAUCGACGAGGUGUACCGGCGUUUCGAGGGCGGGAGCGGCGCAGUGGAGAAAAGGAGGAUAGACGGGGAGAACGAGGCAGAGACGUAUCUCCUCGAACUCCUUGGACGGACACUGGGCAGCCGAGCAGAGGGGAUCACGCGGGAGACGGACCUGUUCGCCUUUGGUGUCGACUCGCUGCAGGCCACACGCGUGCGGAACACGGCGCAGAAGGAACUCGACCUCGGGGGCGCGACACUGGGCCAGAACGUGGUGUACGAGUACCCGAGUGUAUCGAAACUCGCCGAGCACAUUCUCGCUGUCGCCUCGCACUCUGUCCAUGCCAACGGGACCCGCAGCGCUUACGACGAGAUGGAGGCCAUGGCGUCCAAGUGGGCUGCGCGGGUCGUCCCCGCCACGCCGCGCAGAAGGGCCCCAGGCGACCCCGUCAUCCUCGUCACGGGCGCGACGGGGAGUCUGGGCGCGCACGCUGUGGCCUGUCUCCUCCGCCGGCCGGACGUGCGCAUCAUCUGUCUCUCGCGCGCGGCCUCGCACGCUGACAGUCAGGACCGGCUCGCGCACUCCUUCGCGCUGCGCCGCCUCGAGCCAGACUGGUCCCGGAUCUCCAGCUACGCCGGGGACCUGACGCUGCCCGACCUGGGACUCGGAGACGCCCUCGCCGACGUCCGCGACUCAAUCACCGGCGUACUCCACCUCGCGUGGCCCGUCAACUUUGCCGCCGCGCUGGGGAGCUUCGAGCCCUCGGUGGCCGGGGUGGUGAACCUGCUCAACCUGACGCAGGGCUCGCCACUGGCGCCCAAGCCGGGGUUCUUCUUCGCCUCGUCCGUUGGCGCCGUGCAGGCCGCCGACGCUCCGACCAUCAUGGAAAACUUCUCCGACCGACCGGCCGACGCGGGCGCGACGGGGUAUGCGCGGAGCAAGUGGGUCGUUGAGCGUGUGCUCGCGCAGACGCGGGGCACGGUGCUCCGCAUCGGCCAGCUGGUGGGUGACAGCACGCACGGCGUGUGGAACGAGACAGAGGCGUGGCCCCUCAUGUUCCGCUCUGCUGUUAGCACAGGCGCACUCCCGGCUCUCGAGGAGGAGGUCGGGUGGCUCCCUGUCGAUCAGGCGGGAGAGGCCGUGGCCCAGGCUGCCCUCGCAUCCUCAGGGGAUGGUGUGCUGCACAUUCUGAACCGGCAUACUGCACCUUUCGCGUCGAUCCUGGCCGGCCUCCGCCAAGCCGGCGUGGCGUUUGAGACCGUGCCGCGCCGAGAGUGGCUCAGGCGGCUGGCCGAGAGCGAUCCCGACGUGGCGGCGAAUCCGACGCGCAAGCUGCUCCCGUUCUACGAGGGACGGAUCGGGGGCGACAUAGAGAAGGCGCGCCCUGCUUUCGAUACGAGGAAGGCCGAGGAGAGGUGUCAGGUCAUGCGCGGCCUUGGACCUAUUGACGACGGCCUCGUGAGCAAGUGGGUCGAGGUGUGGCGAGAGUCGGGCUUCUUUCCCCCGUCUUCGCCUGUGCAGUCUGUGCAGAAUGGACACUGA